AGUGUGGACGGUUUGCUGGUGUACUUUCCGUACGAGUACAUCUACCCGGAGCAGUAUGCGUAUAUGCUGGAACUCAAGCGGAGUCUGGACGCCAAGGGCCACUGCCUGCUGGAGAUGCCCUCGGGAACGGGCAAAACGGCCACCCUGCUCUCCCUGAUCGUGGCCUACAUGGUGGAGCAUCCGGAGACGGUGCGCAAGCUGAUCUACUGCUCCCGCACAGUGCCGGAGAUCGAGAAGGUCAUUGCCGAGCUGCAGAACCUGAUGGUCUACUACGAACGCCACUGCCCCAAUCCACCGCCACUCACGGGCCUGGUGCUUAGCUCCCGGAAGAACAUGUGCAUCCAUCCGGAGGUCAGCAAGGAGCGCGAGGGCAAGGCGGUGGAUGGCAAGUGCUACGGACUGACCGCUAGUUACAUUCGCGACCGGCACGAGAUGGACACCGAGACGCCCAUCUGCCAGUACUUCGAGGGAUUCAGUCUGGAGGGCAAGGAGUCCACAUUGCCAGUCGGCGUCUACAGCAUCGAUGAUAUGAAGGAGUACGGACGAGCGCGCAACUGGUGUCCCUACUUUUUGGCCCGCUAUGCUAUUGCCCAUGCCCACAUUGUGGUAUACAGCUACCACUAUCUGCUGGACCCCAAGAUAGCCCAGGUGGUGUCCAAGGAGAUGAGCAAGGAGUCCUGCGUGGUUUUCGAUGAGGCGCACAACAUCGACAACGUUUGCAUCGAUUCGAUGAGUGUGAAGAUCAACAGACGCACCGUGGAGCGCAGCACGAAUGCCUUAAACCAGCUGACAAAACUGGUUCAGGACAUUCGCGAAGAGGACACGAAUCGCCUGAACGAGGAGUACCAGCGGAUGGUCCAGGGCUUGAAGGAUGCCAGUGUGCAGCGGGACACGGACAUGAUCCUGGCCAAUCCGGUCCUGCCCAGCGAUGUGCUGACCGAGGUGGUGCCCGGAAAUAUACGCAACGCCGAUCACUUCCUCAGUUUCUUGCGCCGCUUUAUAGAAUAUAUAAAGACGAGACUGCGUGUCCAUCAUGUCGUUCAGGAGUCGCCGGCUGGCUUCCUCAAGGAUAUCUCCUCAAAGAUUUGCAUUGAGCGCAAGCCGCUGCGUUUCUGCGCCGAGCGCUUGUCCAGUCUGCUGCGCACGCUCGAGAUCAGUGAUUUGACCGAGUACGGAGCUCUCACUCUAAUCACCCACUUUGCCACACUGGUGUCCACCUACACAAAGGGCUUUACCAUUAUAAUAGAGCCCUUUGAUGACAAGACGCCCACUGUUUCGAAUCCUAUACUGCACUUUAGUUGCCUGGACUCUUCUAUAGCCAUGGCUCCGGUAUUUUCGCGUUUCCAAACUGUGGUCAUCACCUCCGGCACUUUGUCGCCCAUGGAUAUGUACCCGAAAAUCCUCGACUUUGAUCCCGUGGUCAUGAGCAGCUUUACCAUGACUCUGGCCCGUCCUUGUCUGCUACCCAUGAUUGUUUCCAAGGGCAACGACCAGGUGACCAUUUCGUCCAAGUUUGAGACCCGAGAGGACACCGCCGUGAUCCGAAACUACGGCCAGUUGCUGGUGGAGGUGGCCAAGACAGUGCCCGAUGGCAUUGUAUGCUUCUUCACCUCCUACUUGUACCUGGAGUCCGUGGUGGCCUCCUGGUAUGAUCAGGGCAUCGUAGACACCUUGCUGCGCUACAAGCUCUUGUUCAUCGAGACUCAGGACAAUGCCGAGACGAGCUACGCCCUGAUGAACUAUGUUAAGGCCUGCGAUUGUGGUCGUGGAGCUGUGCUGCUGGCUGUGGCGCGUGGCAAGGUCUCAGAGGGUGUGGAUUUCGACCAUCAUUAUGGUCGCGCGGUGCUCAUGUUCGGCAUCCCCUACGUGUACACGCAGUCGCGGAUUCUGAAGGCCCGGCUGGACUACCUGCGCGAUCAGUUUCAGAUACGUGAGAACGACUUCCUGACCUUCGACGCCAUGCGCCAUGCGGCCCAGUGCGUGGGAAGGGCGCUGCGCGGGAAGACGGACUACGGCAUCAUGAUCUUCGCGGACAAGCGCUUCUCGCGGCACGACAAGCGCUCGCGUCUGCCCAAGUGGAUCCAGGAGCACCUGGUGGACAGCUUCUGCAACCUGAGUACCGAGGAGGCCGUGCAGCUGGCCCGCCGUUGGCUGCGGCGCAUGGCGCAACCGUUCACGCGGGAGGACCAGCUGGGCAUCUCACUGCUGACCCUCGCCCAGCUGGAGAACAUGGAGCAGGAGAAGCUGGAGCGGCAGGCCCAGGGCAAACAGGGCGUUGGCGGCGAGGUGCAGGAGCUGUGAGAUGUGGGAGGUGCUCGGCCAACCGGCUCUUUGUCCGGCCGCCUUCCGGGAAUAACUCAGGCCGCUGAGCCGUCAGCUAAUGACAUUGAAUGCCAUUAGCAGCGGAUCACAACGGCAGUGCUGGAAAAUUUAAAAGUAAAAUUUGUUUUUUGGCUGCCAUGCAAAUCGGACGUAAAUGUCCAAUUAAUGGCUAAUUAAUAUUAUUUAUAAUUUCGCAGGCAUGACUAACUGUGGCCGCUCAAGGCGGCGAAAGGGCGCAAGCGCGGCGCGAGUUUUGCUCUUGCAGCUGUUUUCGUAUCUAUACCUGUGAUUGUAUCCGGAUUAGUUAAGCUGCAAGUUUAGAGAUAAACGUACUUUGUGAACUGCAAUUGUUUAAUAUUGCAAUCAUGAAAUACACUAGAAAACAAAGUAAG